AUGCAUAUCCUACUCCUAAGCUCUUCAAACCACAACAGCGCUCGCAUUAUCCAAUCUGCUCUAUCUCGAAACUUUACCAUCUCUUUCCUUACUCCCCAGACUUCACAGGUUCCCCAUCAUGCAAGCGUCACUCUGGUCAAUGGCCUACCCGCUUCCCAACACGACCUCGAAAUGGCUUUACAGACACCAAAGCCCCCUGAAGCAGUCAUACUCGCUUUCUACAACACCCAUGUUCUCGAAGCAGUCACUCACAAUCUGGUCAGGGCCCUAAAAGCCAUACAGACUGCUAAAGCAAACGAAGAAAAGGAAACUGUAGCAAUGCCUCUUCGUCUUGUGUUCAUCCAAAGUAACGCCAUGCAGCUGGAGGCAGACGGUUACAAGAGGGUCGACAGAAUAGUGCGAGAAAGCGGCUUGCCUUUUGAUCUCGCCCAGUGUCCUCGUCUAGCUGGUCAACUCCCUGCCACCAUCCGGACCUCGCCUGGACAAGGUCGUGUGGCUGCUUGGUAG